UUAACACAAAAUAAUGACAAAAUAGUUUCAAACUAUGGGAAGUCAGAGGAAAGGACGACACUUCUGCAGAAUUCAGAAAAAAAAAUCAAGGGAUGAGACGGAAGACAAGAAAAUGUCUUUAUUUCUUACAAGAGAAUAGAGCAGACAAAUAAUUAGUAAAAUAUCUGGAGUUUUUAAGGCAACAGACAUGGUUAUUAUUUCACUUUCAGUUAUAUAGGUCCAGUUCAUUUACUAUGUUUGAAUUUUUAAUUGCACGCCACACUCCAAACGACUCGAUAGCGGCAGUGGACGUAAACCGUUAUUUGCCAACCGCCAUCAACCACCGAGAGAAGAAGAAGAACCCGGAAAUGGAAUACAGAGCAGUCUUUCUUCCAGAGUUUGAAAUCCGGACCCUGAGGGCCGAAGUCUUCAAGUUCGGGGGUCGAGCUACGCGGCGUUCAAAGUUCCCCCCCAAAAAUCCCAAACGCCGUGGAGCUGGUUCGGGGCUUUCCGAUUUGAGCAUCACGGGAAAAGACCUGUAACUUUCACCACGUUUUGCCCGACCCGGGGAUAGUCAAUGGGACAGCAGCUCAUGGAAAAGAUGAAGACCUCAGUUUGAACGUGUUGUUGAGAAAACCUCGAGCGCAUCAUGGCGGCCGAGAAGCUGCCGUUCAACCUCUCGGGCAACGGGCGUAUCGCGGCCGGCCUGCUGGCCAACCUGCUCUCCUCCAUCUGCAUCGUGUUCAUCAACAAGUGGAUCUACGUGCACUACGGCUUCCCCAACAUGACGCUCACCCUGGUCCACUUCGCGAUGACCUGGCUGGGGCUGUACGUGUGCCAAAAGAUGGACGUGUUCUCGCCAAAGAGCCUGCCGCUGCGCAGGAUCGCGUGGCUGGCGUUGAGCUUCUGCGGCUUCGUGGCCUUCACCAACCUGUCGCUGCAGAACAACUCCAUCGGCACGUACCAGCUGGCCAAGGCCAUGACCACGCCCGUCAUCAUCCUCAUCCAGACGCUCUACUACAAGAAGACCUUCUCCACCAAGAUGAAACUCACGCUGGUGCCGAUCACUUUGGGCGUGAUACUGAACUCGUACUACGACAUGCGCUUCAACGUGCUGGGAACGCUUUUCGCAACGUUGGGUGUUGUGGUGACGUCGCUCUACCAAGUGUGGGUCGGAGCAAAACAACACGAGCUCCAAGUCAACUCCAUGCAGCUUCUGUACUAUCAGGCCCCCCUGUCGUCAGGCUUCCUGCUGGCCGUCAUUCCCUUCUUUGAGCCGCUCACGGGAGACGGAGGAAUAUUCGGACCGUGGUCUCUUCCCGCUCUGGUGACCGUGUUUCUCUCCGGGGUGGUGGCCUUCCUGGUCAACUUGUCCAUCUACUGGAUCAUUGGAAACACGUCGGCUGUGACCUACAACAUGUUCGGCCACUUCAAAUUCUGCAUCACCCUGGUGGGAGGCUACGUGCUCUUCCAGGAUCCGCUGUCACUCAACCAGGCUUUGGGGAUCCUCUGUACGCUGCUGGGAAUCUUGUCGUACACUCACAUCAAGCUGGCCGAGCGAGAGGAAGGCAAGAGUCGACUGGCUCAGAGACCGUAGACCCCCCAGGUUGUCAUGAAGAUGCUGGAAAUCCCAGGAGGAACUCUUUGAAAAGAAAAUGGAUCUUUAUAUUAUUAUGAGUAUUUUUGACAGCAAAGUUGAGGAUCCUCGCAGGAUGGAGUAUGUGGCACUUCUUCCACGGUGUUUUGCUCUAGAAGAAUCACAUUUGGACACAACGAAAGGCCUCCCAACACAAGAUAAGCAAAGCGAGCAGAAAUAACGGAGGACGAGUUGUAAAAUCAAAGUCUUUUUCACUUCAAAUAAUUUAUCAUUGUUCAUCGAUAAUACGUUUGCCAGCAAUUCGUAGUGACAGGCACAACAGUUCGAUUGUCUUCCACUCGAUUUAGGAAUGAAUAUUUUGUGUCUAUCUUGUCAGUUUGGGAGUCAACUGAGAGAGGAUUCUGAAUUUAGUAUACCGGAUAAAUCAAUGUUUUGUCUGUGUUUUUUUUCUUUUUUUUUUUUACAGUAAGUGACUAGUUGGCGCAAUAAAGGCGAUGAAACACCA